UAUAGACAAUCAGUCGCAGUUGAAAAGUCGUCGCGGCACCUUGCCAAAAAAAAAAAGAAAUAACAAAAAUGGUGGCUAUAAAGAAUGUGCAAAAUAUAUCGGUGCCCGAGUACCUAAACGAAGGAUUCUUUGUGGAUGCACUAGAGGACGGCUUGCGCGAAUCGGCUAUCAAAUUGCACGAGAUCAGUUUCGAAUGGGGCAGUAAUCCGGGUGACAAUUACUGUUCGGCCAUUUAUCGGGUGCUGCUGAAGUUCGCACGUUCCCUCAACGCCACAGAGUCGGAAGAGAGCGAGCAGCUCUCGCUGAUUGUGAAAACCAUUCCAAUCACAGAGGAGACAAAGUUCUUGGAGGAUGUCAAGGUGUUCAUCAAAGAGAAGCAAACCUAUACGGAUAUAUUGCCGCGCCUGGAAGUGCUUACCAAUGGCGAUCGAUUCGGUGCCAAAUAUUAUUAUUCCGUAAAGACGCCCAUGCAGACGAUUGUUUUCAACGAUCUAAAAGUCGAUGGCUUCAAAUUGGCAACGUGUGGUACAAGUUUAGAUUGGGCGCAUGCGUCACUGAUUUUACAACAGCUGGGCAAAUUGCAUGCCACCUCUAUGGUCUUGGCCAAGAAGGAUCCGGAAAUUGUCAAACAAUAUCAUGGCGGCAUGCUGAGCGAGGCAACGCUAAUGCAAUCGGAAAUAUUUGAGAAUAUGUUUGGUGGCUUCCUAAAGGGCCUUAUCAAGGUUGUGUCCACAUGGCCGGGCUAUGAAAAUAUCAGUCAGCACUUGCAGCGUUUUUCGGAUAACUUCAAAACGGUGUGCGUGGCCGCAGCGAAGCCGAAGCCAGGCGAUCGUUAUGUCGUGCUCAAUCACGGUGAUCUGUGGACAAACAACUUCAUGUACGCCUACGAUGAUGAGACGCAACCGGAGCAACCCACACGCGUCAUAUUCGUGGACUUUCAACUCAGUUUCUACGGCAGUCCGGCCUGUGAUUUGAACUUCUUUUUGAACUCGAGCGUCAAAUUGGAGCUGCUGCAGCAGCGGCGCGACGAUCUCAUCAAGGUCUAUUACAAAUCCUUCCGUGAUGCCUUGGAAUACGCGCACCUCGACGAAAUUCCCAGCUAUGAGGAUUUGCUGUGGGAGCUGCGCAGUCGGGAAACCUAUGGUAUAUUUGCCCUAUUUGGAUUUCUGCCCAUUAUCACAAUGCCGAAGGACCUGUCCAAGGACAACAGCAUUGAGAACAUGCAGGAUGAGAGCUUCAAGCAAAAACAAUUGGAAACAAUUUUCUCGCAAAAGUUCCUCAAUGAUCAUCACAAAUGGUCGCUGAAGCGAGCCGAAGCGCUGGGCGUCUUUAAUGACUAUUAGACAAAGGUUCUAAUUGGCAUGAAAGGUUCAACCACCUGAGUUACGAGCAUAGAUGGCUGUAAAGACGCUUCCGCAGCGGACAGCCCAGCUGUAUGUCUGAAGGGUUUAUUCUUAUGUCAUACUUGAUUUAGCUUUUUAUAGACCAGAGUUCAAUUAAAAUGAUCUAAUGUAGCUGCGCUACUCAAAUGAA